AUGACGGGAACCGAGGACAUAUCCGCCCAAGACAGCGUUGCGCCGCUGCCGGUGAACGGAAGCACGCAUAGUCGGGGUGAUGAGAGAACUCCUCUACUCAAUAACCAGAAUAGGAACGUCUUCCCAGCCGAGGAGGCCCCGUCGACUCACAAUGAUGACGAGCAGGUUAUCAUCGUUGAAGAGGUGAAAGGGUUUAAAUUAUGGCUCAUCCUCUGUAUCUGUUGGUUAGGUGUCUUCCUCGGCGCUAUCGAGUCUACUAUCAUCGCUACGCUAUCAGCUCCCAUCUCUAGCGAGUUUCACUCCUUAAGCCUGUUGUCAUGGCUUGCGUCUGCUUACCUAAUCUCGAAUGCUGCGUGUCAACCCGUAUCCGGAAGGCUGACGGAUAUCUUCGGACGAGGGCCCGGCCUCGUCUUUAGUAAUAUUUUCUUUGCUGCUGGAAACCUCAUCUGCGGCCUCGCACAGGACGCCAAUGUUAUGAUACUUGGAAGAGUCGUCGCUGGUAUUGGUGGUGGCGGCCUGAUGGCUAUUGCUACUUUCUUGUGUACGGACCUCGUUCCGCUAAGGAAUCGAGGCGUCGUUCAAGGAAUAGGGAAUAUAUGCUACGGGGCUGGAGCCACGUUAGGCGGAGUCUUUGGAGGCCUAGUCAACGACAACUCGUCUUGGGGCUGGCGUCUGGCUUUUUUGAUACAAGUCCCUCCGAUUUUGGUUUCGACUUGUCUGGUCGCCUAUCUCGUCCGGUUGCCGCCAAAGGUAUCAGAGAAGUCAUACUUGGCUCGUAUAGACUUCACAGGCGCCUUCUCGCUCAUAGUCUUUCUCGUCCUACUCUUACUUGGGUUGAAUGCUGGGGGUAACCUGGUCCCCUGGAUUAGCCCCCUACCAUUGACCACUUUGCCACUAUCGCUCGUGGCACUCAUUGCUUUCAUCAUCUGGGAAUCCCGCGCCAAGCAGCCCGUAAUCCCGGUCCGUCUCCUCUUAGAUCGAACGGUCUUCAAUGCCUGCAUGGUGAACCUAUUCUUAUGCAUGGUAUACAUGAUGGCGCUAUUCUACGCUCCCAUCUAUAUGCAGGUGCGCGGAAGUUCGGCCACAGAUUCUGGCCUAGUAGUCUUAUUCGCUCCUAUCGGUAUCUGCUUCUGCUCGAUUGGAAGUGGAUAUGUCAUGAAGAAAACCGGACGUUAUGCUAUCUUGGCUGUAUUGCUGCAGCUCGCUUCUGCCGUCAUCUUCACGACCCUCAAAGAGGACUCCCCAGAAUGGCCCCUGAUGAUCGCAUUCCUGCUUCUCGGCGCUGGCUACGGUGCCAUGCUGAAUACCAUGCUACUGGCUUGCCUAGCGGCUGUAGACCACACGCACCAAGCUACAGUCACAUCCGCAACUUAUGCGUUCCGAUCGGUUGGCGGGACGCUCGGUAUUACUAUAGCAUCGGCUAUCUAUCAGAAUGUACUGAAGACCCAACUGUCGGAACGGUUCGGCGAUUUGCCCGACGCCGCGGAGGAGAUCAGCAGAAUCAGGGACGACCUUGACGAGUUGAAGCAUCUUCCUGAGGGCUGGUAUGACGGCGUCAUGGCUUCGUUUAUGGAGGCUUUUAGAAACGUCUGGUUUGCGAUGUUGGGCUUAGUAAUCCUAGGGCUGAUCAGUGUGUCGCUACUGAAGCAGCACAAGCUGCACUCGACUCUAUCUCGGAACGAAAGCGACUAG